CAUGUUAUCAACGCUAUAGAUCCCGUGCUGUGGAAUAAACGGUCAAGCCACAAUCCCGAACCCCUCUGUGUCCGCGUCCCCGUCCCCUUCCUCUACCACCUCCCACGAUCAUACACAACACAGCGCAGAGUAGCAGCGGUGGUGUUGGAGACCAUUGCAGACCAUGAAUUGUGUGGUCAUCAGGGAAGGCAAAACUCCAUAGAUACUGGACAUUUUGUAAGUGUUGUUCACCCUUAAAAACAAGACUGAAGAUACACUUUAAGAUCAGGCAAAAUGAAUCGGCUUCCACCAGUUUUCAAUCCAAGUGUCCCAUUCAGUACUCAGAUCAAGAAAGGAUUGCUGGAAGGAAUGAUUAUCACUGUAUGUGGACGUGUUUUGCCAGAUGCAGACAGAUUCCAUGUGAAUCUGAAGCAUAAUUCUGAUGUCGUACUGCACGUUAACCCUCGCUAUAAGUGGUUCUGGACUGACUGUGGAUACGUAGUUCACAACACCUGUCAGAAAGGCACCUGGGGCUAUGAAGAACACAAGUCCGAAACUCCCUUCCCGAGAGGCCUGAAAUUUGCUUUGCAGAUCCUCAUCACCCAGGAUUCAUACAAGAUAAGUGCCAAUGGGAAACCCUUCUCGGAGUACAAGCACCGUAUGCCGUUCCAAAAUGUGGACAACAUCUGUAUUGGUGGAAUGGUGGAACUGAAUUUAGUUGCCCUCCAGCAUCUUGCACCCCAUCAUGCUGCUCCUCUGGGAUCUUUUAUGAUCCCAUAUAAAAGCAUCAUCCACGGUGGACUACAGCCUGACCAAGUCAUCAUCAUCAUCCAAGGAUUCGUUAAUCCUCAAACGGAUAGAAUGGGGUUUAGUCUAAGGCACAAAACUGGAAUUGCAUUUGACUACAGUGCUCGUUUUGAUGAGAAUGAGAUUGUGUGCAACAGCUGUGAGGACGGAAAAUGGGGCGAGGAGGAACGACCUUGUAACAUGCCAUUUAAAAGAGGGAACUUUUUUGAGGUCACUAUUUGUACCAGUCAUCCUCAUUACAAGGUGUAUGUCAAUGGUGGACUAAAUUACACUUACAGACAUCGCUUCACUAAACUGGAGGAGAUUGAUGUUUUAGAAGUUACUGGAGAUGUGCAGCUGAGCUUUGUGCAGCCCUGACAAGGAAUACAUGUUUAAAACUGGCACCAAUAAACACAGACUGUUCUGGGGUGUGUUUCCAAAAAGCAACUUUGGUCGCAAGUAGUGUCGUUACCAAUAGAGUUAAAUGGAAUUUGCAACUAUAGUUAGCUAAUGAUGCUUUUGGGAAACACCCCUGCAUGGAUGUGUCAAACCUAUUUGUGCUAUUUGUGCAAUUAUUUCUAGUAAAAUACCUACAAACACAAUACUUAGACAGCAAAUAAUGGCCUACCUGUGAGAUGUUAAACAUAUUAACAAUCCUGUUUUGUUAGUUGACAAUUUUUGACUGUAUCCAAUCAACACAAAUUUAUAAAGUAAACAAAUGUCAAAAAAAUAAUAUAGCCACAGCCUGACAGAAAUACUCAUGGCCACCAGGGGACAGUGUUGGCCUGACAAUUUUCUGGACCAACCUCUAGUGGUCAGAGCAGUUAUAAAUAAACCCCUGACUUGAUCUACUU